AUGCCGCUACGUGGAGCCGCGCCCGCCACUUGCUCGGCGCCAGCCGCCGUGAGCUGCCGCACGUGCUCACCUGCGCCAGCUCCCGCAGCCGCCCGAGCCGCGCCCACGCGCGCCGCUCCAGCACGCCCCGCUCUGGCGCCGCAUCAGCCCAGCGCCUCGGCCCCGCUCCGCUCGCCGCCAGCGCCUGCGCCGCUUGCGCUCUGCGCCCGCGAGCUGCUCGGCUCCGCCACCGUCAGCCGCGCCGAGCCGCCCUUCCUGCUGCGGCCACCGCUCGCGCUCGGGCCGCCCGUGCCAGAGCGCCUGGCCUGCCGCGCCGCGCCGCCUUGGGCCCUAUCGGCCGGAACGCUGCGCCGCAUCCGCGUGCCGCAGCCGCCCCCGCGCCCCGCUGCCUGCGGCGCCUGCUCGCCUGCAUGCCGCCUCCGGCCUUGCGCCACGCUGCCGCACCGCGCUCCGCUCCUGGGCUCGCACGCCUGCGCUGCGAGCCGUGCCGCUGCCUGGAGCCGCGCCCGCCACUUGCUCGGCGCCAACCGCCGCGAGCUGCCGCGCGCGCUCGCCUGCCGCCUGCGCCCCUCCGGUCCCGAGCGCCAGAGCACCGCCACCAGCCGCUCGCCUGCACCAGCUCCCGCAGCCGCCCGAUCCGCGCCCACGCGCGCCGCUCCAGCGCGCCCUGCUCUGGCGCCGCAUCAGCCCAGCGCCUCGGCCCCGCUCCACUCGCCGCCAGCGCCUGCGCCGCUUGCACUCUGCGCCCGCGAGCCGCUCGGCUCCGCCGCCGUCAGCCGCGCCGAGCCACCCUUCCUGCUGCGGCCGCCGCUCACGCUCGGGCCGCUCGUGCCAGAGCGCCUGGCCUGCCGCGCCGCCUUGGGCCCUGUCGGCCGGAAGUACAUAGAGGGAGAGAGAGACAGGGGAAAAGGAGCACCGCCGGUGGAAGAAGAAAAGAAAGAGACGCCAGGGAGAAAAGAAUUAAGAGAAAAGAGACUUCCCCAGGACUUAUGCGAGUUGAUGGUUAGUUUGGUGAUAAGGAUCAUCAACAACAGCCCCACACUUAGCCAUUUGCUCAUCCUCGAGUAA